UAGUUUGAAGAGCAAAGCGAAAUAAAGGCAGUAACACAGCCAAAGAGGCUAAGGGACGAAAAGAGUCAAAGAGGCUUGAUACAAAUUGGGUUCGUGGAGGAAAUGCGAAGAAGAAACCUGGCUUCGUCGACCCACUAAACUAUCCAAGUCCAUCUGUGGGUUGAGUGUACCCUGUAUGUACUAUAUGUGUGUGUAUUGGUGCUACGGUGGGCCACUCCAUCUAGGAAAAAAAGACCGAGACUCUGAGGACAACCGAAAGAAAGCUAGACGGCCUUGCUCGGAGGGGCUUGGUUUCUGCUAGAUGUUGCAGCGGCGCCGAUGGCCCUUGUUCCGGCAGUUGUCAGCCUUCCUGUGGUUCUCACCGCUGCUUUCCUGAUGAGAAUUGGACUCUUGUAGCAAGGCCAUUUUCUUACGAUCAGAAGGGAGUUCGGUUUGAAGAAGAGGACUUGUUCUGCGCACAAACAACUCGGGUUUGCCUCCCUUGAGCCAUUACGAACUGCGGCUGCUACUGCAGCUACCGCACCUCGACCGCCUUCAUUGGCGUCCUUUGGCUACCAUUAUUUUUCGUCCUUUGGAGCUUGUCCUGUUCUUUUUUCCUCUCUUUCUUCUUGGUCUGUUUCUCCUUGGGAUUUGUUCCACUUCCUUGGGCCUUUGAGCGGCAAGUACGUACGCCUCGCGGACGUGGAGCAACUCAAGCUACGAUUACUACUACUACUACUACUACAACUUGGAGUAGUAGUAGUAGUAGUUCCUUCUGAGCUGUGCCUCCUCGUUCCUCAGUGGAUGGUGGAAAUGGAACGUGUAUGCAUGGACUAAGUGAGAGACGGUCGUCGAAAGGGCGAGCCACCCAACAUGUUCACAGUGAACAACUCGAUGUGCGAGCAGUUGUCCGUCAGCAGUCUCUUCCCUGCACUUGAAACACAUAUCCUCCUUCUGGCCUUAGUUGCGGACCGAGGGGAGAGCGAAGAAGAUCUUUGAAUGAGGUCUUCUCUAACAAUCCCCAUCGUCCCCAGCCUUUGGUGCUAAAUUCUCAUUUAGAACAACCAGUCAGUGGACGAAGAACAGACGGACCAUCGUGUACUGCACUCGCCCAAGAUCCGCGUUUUGAGUCGCUGGAUGGAGGUUUGCGAAUCAGCCUUUGCCAAACUCGAUGGUCGUCUAGUUUGGGUGUGACAGUGUCCGUCUGACGACUUCAUUAUUUCUACCCUACCACCAUGCUGACUAAUAAACUUUUACGACAAUUGCUCAAUACCCAAGUCAACACGUAUGUGCCCAUUUGGUCAUGCAGAGUCCGUGAUAACCUGAUCCCCUUGCGCGUUGGGCGUUGUGCAAGUCGAUGGCUCAACGCCCAGGGUUCCGUCCCGCCCUACUCUUGUAGUGUGGCCAAACUCUCCACAAAUUCAGAUGAUGAUCAUGGUGCUUCUCCCACGUCCAGUCCGAACUUCCCUACCAAAGCCACCGUCUCGGUUGAAAUGAAGUAUGGACUGCCUCAAAUUACCGUUCCUUUGCCUUCACGAAAUGAGCCGUGUGUGUUCACGUUGAAACCCAUUACACACACCGUGGGAGACUUCCUGGAAAUGCUCCAGAAAGAAGAUGCUGGCAUUGAUCGCGCCGUGAUCCGGAAUAUCGAUGGUAUUCGCAUCGCGUCCACCACAUCGAUUCAAAACCUGAUGCAAAGUGGCGAAUUUGACUUGAUGAUCAAUGACGUUCCCUACCGGAUACGACCUCCCUUCAAGGAACAUUUCGACGAUCUGGUCGUGGUGGAAAAGGACCUGGAGAACGUGGGCAACAUCAGGUCCUUGGUGGGGGAACUCUACGAAGCGUUGCAUGUGGAGGAGCACCAAGCUGCUCAAGAGCAACGUAUGAUUCAGGAGAUCGAGUCCUUGAAACAGGAACUUGGUCCUUUGGAGCGUCAACGUCAGUUACUAGCCGACUAUGCCCAACGGAGAACCAAGCAUCUCACUUGGUUGGGACUGGGGCUCAUGAGUGUUCAGUUCGGUGUCUUAGCCAGAUUGACGUGGUGGGAAUACUCCUGGGAUAUCAUGGAACCUGUCACGUAUUUUGUAACCUAUGGAACGGCUAUCGCUUGUUACGCCUACUUCACCCUGACGAACCAGGACUACAUUUUGCCAGAUGUUCGCGAUCGGCAAUAUCUGUUCAGCUUCUAUAAGAAAGCCAGACGAGAGGAUUGGAAUGUUCAGCGGUAUAAUCAUCUUCAAGAGGACAUGCAGCGAAUCGAGCAAGAUCUUCAACGUCUUCGGGAUCCUAUUAGCCUGAAACUGCCAGCCUCAUUGACCGCCAAGCACGCCGGACUUGGCAAACGCGAUGGAAGCCCCGGGGGGAUUCUUGGUGCUCAAAUUAACAUCGGCAACAUCAAAAAUAUGAUAAAGGAUAAAUUUAAGAGCGGAGCAGGGGGAGUCAAUUCUAGUGAGGGCAACACCGGGGGGACUGGUCCUUCUUCGAGUAACUGAGUCCACUGGAAACUCAAAUUGGAAAGCUUUUCGUACACUCCUAUAUUCUUCCAGUUAGUAGAUAUCUCUUUCUAAGCUAUAUGGCUAACUCAGCUAGAUUGUGUGUAAUCAUUAUCUUUUAUUAUUGUUGCUAUGAUUACCAUUGUUAUAUUAUUUUCAAAUCGAUAUCUUAUCAGCUACCAAAACUCGAACACCAUCGUCAUCAUCAUAAUCCACAUUAUCAAUCUCACGAUUAUCUCUUUACAUUCUUAAGUCUUUUCAUGAACGACGCUCAAAAAUCAAAAGGUUAGCAAGCACUCGACCUGUUUUUUCCUCCAGUGCGUGUCAUCACAAUUCACGAGUACCUAGUAAUGUGGGUCGAGUGCUAAUUAUGAAUGUGUGCUGUUGUAAAAUCUGAUCUUAGUGCACGAUUGAAUUCCGACCAUCUGGUUCGACUUCAUUUCUCUUUCCAAUCUAUGUAAGAACUCUUUUCAAACCAUAAUUGUCACUUCGUGACGUUUUUCAUGCAAUUACAGACAGGUAGAAGUUUUUGCAAGAUUGUUGUUUGGGCCUUCGGAUUGCCCGACAGAUGUAAAGUUUUGCAGUUUUAGGUAAUCAAAUGCAGCCGUGAAUUGUUACUCUUCUCUAGAGCAGAUCAUUCAAAUCAAAGCUAUAACAAAUAUAAUAGAAUAUUGUCAAUCAAUCUAACCAUCCUUUACGUCUUACAAUCUGUUAUCUUUACUAUCACGAAUAUUACUAUCAAUCAUUAUAACUCAUAGAAUCGCUCGUGUUCUGUUGAUCGAUCAACCAACUAACAUAAGAAGGUCUUCAGAAAUAUUCGAAUAAACUUUAUCUUUGCCAUCUGA